UGCCUAAAAAAAAGCAUCCAACCUAAUCUUGCAUGCUCUCGUGUUCAGUCACUGUUGAACUCCACAGCAACCAUUAAUUCUAGAGGAAGAAUCGAAAUCUACGUUUGACAUCCACUGAAGUGUGUAACUGCGUGAAAUUUCUACAGCAUUUGGUUAUCGGAUUGGUUGAUGAAACUGGUCUUCUUGCAUAUAAGUCAGCCAGCCUCCCAGAAACCACGCUCGCUCAUCUGUGAUAAUUUUGUUUUUGUUCAAUAUCAUGGCAUUUCUUUCCCCUAUCAUCCAAGAGAUUUGUGAGAGGUUAUCUUCAACAGAUUUCGGAGGCUACGUCCGUGAAGAGCUGGGGAAAAAACUUGAAAUCACACUGGUUUCUAUCAAUCAAGUGCUGGAUGACGCAGAGACAAAGAAGUACGAGAAUCAAAACGUGAAGAAUUGGGUUGAUGAUGCGAGUAAUGAGGUAUACGAAUUAGAUCAACUGUUGGACAUCAUUGCUAGUGACUCUGCAAAUCAAAAGGGAAAGAUACAACGCUUUCUUUCAGGUUCUAUCAAUCGGUUUGAAUCUAGGAUUAAAGUAUUGCUCAAGAGGCUCGUAGGUUUUGCAGAGCAAACGGAAAGAUUGGGACUUCAUGAAGGUGGAGCCAGCAGAUUUUCAGCUGCAUCUUUGGGGCAUGAAUAUGUCAUAUAUGGUAGAGAGCAUGAGCAAGAGGAAAUGAUUGAUUUUUUACUUUCAGAUAGUCACGGUGAGAACCAGCUACCCAUAAUCAGUAUAGUGGGUCUGACGGGGAUUGGUAAGACAGCCCUUGCCCAGCUUGUUUACAAUGACCAUAGGAUACAGGAGCAGUUUGAAUUUAAAGCUUGGGUCCAUGUUUCAGAAACUUUUAAUUAUGAUCAUCUCAUCAAAUCAAUUCUCAGGUCAAUUUCUUCAGCAGAAGUAGGUGAUGAAGGCACGGAAAUACUCAACAGUCAAUUGCAACAGCAGCUAGCAGGGAAGAAAUAUUUGCUUGUUCUAGAUGAUGUCGGGAUAAAAAAUGGAAAUAUGCUGGAGCAUUUACUACUUCCUCUUAACCGUGGAUCUUCUCGAGGUAAGAUGAUCGUGACAACACAUGACAGUGAGGUAGCGUUAGUUAUGAGAUCCACACGACUACUUCAUUUAAAGCAAUUGGAGGAGAGUGACUCUUGGAGUUUAUUUGUGAGAUAUGCUUUUCAAGGCAAGAAUGUGUUUGAAUAUCCAAAUCUUGAAUUGAUUGGCAAGAAAAUAGUAGCAAAAUGUGGGGGGUUGCCUUUAACUCUGAAAACAUUGGGGAUUCUCUUCCAAAGAAAAUUCUCUGUAACUGAAUGGGUUGAGAUAUUGGAGACUGAUUUGUGGUGUUUACCCGAGGGUGACAACUGCAUUAAUUUUGCUCUGAGGAUGCAUUACCUUAGCCUCCCUCCCAAUCUGAAGCGUUGUUUUGCUUGUUGGUCUAAUCUUCCCAAGGGUUAUGAGUUUGAGGAGGGUGAAUUAAUCAGGCUUUGGAUGGCAGAAGGUUUGUUAAAUUGUUGCGGAAGAAACAAAAGCAAAGAAGAGUUAGGGAAUGAAUUCUUCGAUCAACUAGUGUCAAUGUCAUUUUUCCAACAAUCAGUAUUGAUGCCAUUAUGGACCGGUAAGUGCUACUUUAUCAUGCAUGAUCUUGUCAAUGAUUUAGCGAAAUCAGUGUCAGGAGAGUUCCGAUUGCGAAUACGAAUAGAGGGUGAUAACAUGAAAGAUAUACCUAAAAGGACACGUCACGUAUGGUGCUGCCUUGAUUUGGAAGAUGGUGAUAGAAAACUAGAGAAUGUUAAAAAAAUCAAGGGACUACACAGUCUGAUGGUAGAAGCACAAGGCUAUGGUGACCAACGCUUUAAGGUACGCACCGAUGUGCAGCUUAAUUUGUUUUUAAGACUAAAAUAUUUGCGAAUGUUGUCUUUCUCGGGUUGCAAUCUCUUAGAGCUAGCUGAUGAGAUAAGAAAUUUAAAGCUUCUGCGCUAUCUAGACCUUUCUUACACAGAGAUUACAAGCUUACCUAAUUCCAUUUGUAAGCUGUAUAGUUUGCAUACCCUCUUACUGGAAGAAUGUUUUAAAUUGACUGAGCUCCCAUCAAAUUUUUGCAAACUCGUCAAUUUACGUCAUCUUAAUUUGAAAGGCACACAUAUUAAGAAGAUGCCAAAGGAGAUGAGAGGGUUAAUAAACCUUGAGAUGCUGACCGAUUUUGUUGUGGGAGAGCAACAUGGAUUUGAUAUUAAGCAGUUGGCAGAACUCAACCACCUUAAAGGAAGGCUUCAAAUUUCAGGGUUGAAAAAUGUGGCUGAUCCAGCAGAUGCUAUGGCAGCAAAUUUGAAACAUAAGAAACAUUUAGAAGAAUUAAGUUUGUCGUAUGAUGAAUGGAGAGAAAUGGAUGGCUCAGUAACUGAAGCAUGUUUCUCGGUCUUGGAGGCUCUGCGACCAAAUAGAAAUCUCACGAGGCUCAGCAUCAAUGACUACAGAGGUAGUAGCUUUCCUAAUUGGCUUGGGGAUCAUCAUCAUCUAGCCAAUUUAUUAUCUCUUGAAUUGUUGGGAUGUACACACUGUUCCCAGUUGCCACCACUUGGGCAGUUCCCUUCUCUCAAGAAGCUUUCCAUUUCAGGCUGUCAUGGAGUAGAGAUCAUUGGUUCAGAGUUUUGCCGCUAUAAUUCAGCAAAUGUUCCAUUUAGAUCCCUUGAAACUUUGUGUUUCAAGAACAUGUCUGAAUGGAAGGAAUGGUUAUGUCUUGAUGGUUUCCCUUUAGUUAAAGAGCUUUCUCUAAAUCAUUGUCCCAAAUUGAAAAGUACCCUGCCUUAUCACCUCCCUUCUUUGCUAAAAUUGGAGAUUAUUGAUUGCCAAGAGUUGGAGGCUUCAAUUCCUAAUGCUGCUAAUAUCAGUGAUAUAGAGCUAAAGAGAUGUGAUGGCAUUUUUAUAAAUAAAUUGCCAUCAAGCUUGGAAAGGGCCAUCCUUUGUGGAACUCAUGUCAUUGAAACCACCCUAGAGAAAAUUCUAGUUAGCAGUGCCUUUCUUGAAGAACUGGAAGUUGAAGACUUCUUUGGUCCAAAUCUAGAAUGGUCCUCUUUGAAUAUGUGUAGCUGUAAUUCCCUUCGCACUUUAACUAUAACAGGUUGGCACUCUUCUUCCUUUCCUUUUGCACUACAUUUGUUCACCAAUCUUAAUUCUCUCGUGUUGUACAAUUGUCCGUGGCUGGAAUCGUUUUUUGAGAGGCAGUUGCCUUCCAACCUAAGCAGCCUCCGAAUAGAAAGAUGCCGUAAUUUGAUGGCUACAAUAGAGGAGUGGGGUUUGUUCCAACUCAAAUCUCUGAAACAAUUCAGUCUUAGUGAUGAUUUUGAAAUCUUGGAAUCCUUUCCAGAGGAGAGUAUGCUGCCAUCAAGUAUUAACUCUUUUGAGUUGACAAAUUGUCCCAACCUAAGAAAAAUAAACUGCAAGGGUCUUCUCCACCUCACUUCACUCAAAUCUCUAUAUAUUGAAGAUUGCCCUUGUCUUGAGAGCUUGCCAGAGGAGGGUCUACCCAGCUCCCUUUCUACUUUGUCAAUUCAUGAUUGUCCAUUAAUUAAGCAGUUGUACCAAACGGAGCAAGGCGAGCGUUGGCAUACAAUUUCUCACAUUCCUUAUGUGACAAUUUCCUGAUUGGCAGCUGAGAUGAGAUGUUAUUGUAGCCAGAAGGAUGUGGCUGUUUGUUCCACUUCCACAAAGUUGAUGCAUGGUCCAGUUGCAGGCCCCACGUUUGGAUGUGUGGACGCGGAGACUUGUUGCGCUUGUAAUUCUUUUUAAUUUAAUUCACCAUAUACACUUUGUUAUUCUUUUGACUUUGUAUCCAUUUUAAAUAGGCAAAAUGUCGAGAUGGAAAAAAAAUGGUCUUUUCAUAUCAAAAAUAUCAGAAACUAUGGAUUUCAAAUUCUACGAGGAGGUGGAACUCAAAAAACUGUUUGGAUCAUCGGUUGAUUUGUUAAUACAGGAUUGUGAUAAUUUAUUUUA